CAUCCCGUUGCUAAUGUGACAUGUUAGCGCGUUUAGAGGAUUUAAGCUUCAUGCAGUUUAAAUGCUACAAAAACAAACAGAAAGAAGAAGCUGCAGCAUGUUAGCAGACUGAUAGAGAGCAGAGAGAGAAGAAGAAGAAGAAGAGGAGGAGGAAGAAGAAGAAGAAGAAGAAGAGUGUUUCUGCUGCAGCUGCUGGAGGACAAACUCUGUCAGGACAUUUAGUUCUUUCUCUGAGCUACUCAACAUUCCUCAGUUUCUUCACCAAACACAGAAAGUCAGAUUCUCUGCUCAGAUUUCUUUAUUUUCGACCAUCAUGGCUUCAGCUCUGCUCAGAGGACGAGCAUUAGUCUGUGUCAGAUGUCUCCACAGAGAGUUGUGUCGAGUCGUCUGGAAGCCUCAGAGCGCUUUGUUCAGCUCCAAACCUUCAGACAGAAAACAGCCUCGCAGGACUCACAUCAAAAAAGCCAAACCUCAGCCUCCCAUUGACAUCGCCAAACUCCUGGAGACACUCUUCUCCCAGACGAGGCCGGGCACAGCGCCUCCUGCUGCUGCUACCGCUCAACAUGCCAAAAUUUCUUCCACAUCGACCAAACCUCAUACAACCUCCAUGAGGGAUUCCACCUCAAAUGUUCCUCCAUCGUCAAAGCCAGGACCAUCCGUCUUCCCAUCUCCUUCUAGUUUCAAACAAGCUGUUCCCAACAAGACUACAUUCAACAUUGCAGAGCUGUUCCCUCAGCCAAAAUCUGCAGUGAACCCAAAGACUUUGUUUUCCUCUGAAUCAUGUCCACAGCCUAAUCUUAAUGUGGUUCAGGCUUCUGUUGCUGAGGGUCUUUCCCGUGUGACUGUUUAUGCAACCUCAGCUUCUUCUACUGCAUCAUUAGGAUCAGAAGAACCUGCAGCAGAAAGUCAGACAUUAGACAAAACAGUAGAAACAGCUACAGUUCUACCAGUAGAGUCCAGCCUAUCUACUGUAGAAGGACUAGAAACUAGAACUUCUGUUGAUGAGGGUCCAGUCAAACUUUCAAUAGAUGUCACAGUACAUAGUCCAGCUCAGGAACUGCAAACCAGCACCAAAGACUCAGGAAUUGUUGACUUUGUACAUGCUACCAGAGUAGAACCUUUAAUAGAAACUAUUACAGAAUCACCAGCAGCUGUAGAUGUACUAGAAAUUAGAACUUCUGUUCUGGAAAGUCCAGUAGAACCAAGAGUAGGUGCAAACUCAAGAGUGUCUAUGAAAGAACCCUUAAGAGAAACUGCAGUAGAAUCACCAGUAGAGUCCAACCUUCCUUUGGUGGAAGAACCACAAACUAGAUCUCCUGUUGUAGAAGGUUCAGUAGAUCUUGCAAUAGAAGCUACAGUAGAUACAGUAGCUCAAGAAGCCAAACCUGCAGAUUCAGUACUAGUUGAUGCCAAAGAACAACUUUUAAAAGAAACUACAAUAGAAUCACCAGUAGAUUCCGCAGUAUCGCAGGAAACGAACAAAGCUGAAGUCCUGACGUUGGAGUCGGUGACUUUAUCAGAAGUGGAAGCGGAAGUCAGACGUCUUGAAAGUGAAGUUCUGCAGGAAACAUGUGACACGCUUGAGAAAGAAGCCGAUGAUUUAGCAAAAGUGGAGAAGAUAGAAGUGAAGACGACAGCAGAAGAUGUUGCCAUUUUUGAAACAGAGGCUGAAUUGUCAACAGUGGAUUCUAUCUCUGAAGCCACCGAUGCAAUAGAAGCAGAAACAGCUGAAUUGAUGGAGGCCAUGUUUGGUUCUGAGCAGGGACCAAACCGGUCGACUGAAGCUCCCCUCCAACUGGGGUCACAGCAUGAAACUAUAGUUCAGGAGGUGGAGACAGAGUCGACAAAUGUUUUGGAAGCAAUGUCUCUCGAAUCUGUGACUUUGGCUGAAGUUGAGGCCUCGUUAGGAACUCUGGAGAGUGAGACUCUGACUGAAACCACAGGUUAUCUGGAGAAAGAAGCUGAAAUUCAUGCUGGAGAGGAAAAGAUGGAAGUGAACACGACAGCAGAUGUUGUUGCCAUUUUUGAAACACAAAGUGAAUUGUCAACAAUGGAUUCUAUCUCUGAAGUCACAGAUGCAAUAGAAGCCGAGGCAGCUAUGUUGAUGGAGACCAUGUUUGGUUCUGAACGGGGACCAAAGCAGUCGACUGAAGCUUCUCUCCAGGAAGUGAGACCAUGGGAUGAAACAAUGGGUCAGGAAGCAGAUAAAGAGUCACUGAAUGUUUUGGAAGCCAUGUCUCUCGAGUCCGUGACUUUGGCGGAAGUUGAGGCCUCGUUGGGAACUCUAGGAAGUGAAUCUCUGAGUGAAACCAUGGGUUAUCUGGAGAAAGAAGCUGAAAUUCUUGCUAGGGAGGAAAAAAUGGAAGUGAAGAUGACAGCAGAGGAUGCUGACCUUCUGGAAACAGAGGCUGAAUUGUUAACAGAGAGUUCUAUCUCUGAAGCCUCAGAGGCAAUAGAAGCAGAGACGUUCUUGAUGGAGGCCAUGUUUGGUUCUGAGCAGGGACCAAAGCAGUCGACUGAAGCUUCCUUCCAGGAAGUGAGACCACAGGAUGAAAUGAUGGGUCAUGAAUCAGAUAAAGAGUCAUUGACUGUUUUGGAAGCAAUGUCUCUCGAGUCCGUGACUUUGGCGGAAGUUGAGGCCUCAUUAGGAACUCUAGGUAGCGAAUCUCUGAGUGAAACCACAGGUUAUCUGGAGAAAGAAGCUGAAAUUCUUGCUGAAGAGGAGAAGUUGGAAAUAAAGGUGAGAGCAGAAGAUGUUGCUAUUUUAGAAACACAAACUGAAUUGUCAACAGUGGAUUCUAUCUCUGAAGCCACAGAUGCAAUACAAGCUGAGACAGCCAUGUUGAUGGAGGCCAUGUUUGGUUCUGAGCAGGGACCAAAGCAGUCGACUGAAGCUCCCCUCCAGGAAGUGGGACCACGGGAUGAAACAAUGGGUCAUGAAUCAGAUAAAGAGUCAUUGAAUGUUUUAGAAGCCAUGUCUCUUGAGUCCGUGACUUUGGCGGAAGUUGAGGCCUCGUUGGGAACACUGGGAAGCGAAUCUCUGAGUGAAACCAUGGGUUAUCUGGAGAAAGAAGCUGAAAUUCUUGCUGAAGAGGAAAAAAUGGAAGUGAUGAUUACAGCAGAUGAUGUUGCAAUUUUAGAGGAUGAAAAAGAGGCUGAAUUGUUCAGAGGGAAUUCUAUCUCUGAAGCCUCAGAGGCAAUAGAAGCUGAGACAGCCAUGUUGAUGGAGGCCAUGUUUGGUUCUGAGCAGGGACCAAAGCAGUGGACUGAAGCUCCUCUACAGGAAGUGAGACCACAAAAUGAAAUGAUGGGUCAUGAAUCAGAUAAAGAGUCACUGAAUGUUUUGGAAGCCAUGUCUCUCGAGUCUGUGACUUUGGCAGAAGUUGAGGCCUCGUUAGGAACACUUGGUAGCGAAUCUCUGAGUGAAACCACAGGUUAUCUGGAAAAAGAAGCUGAAAUCCUUGCCGGAGAGGAGAAGAUGAAAGUAAAUGAGGGAACAGUAUUUAAAGAGGUAACUGAGGCUCUAAACCUUGAACCUCUGUCUUUGCCUGAAGCUGAAACUGAAGAUCUGCAGACAGAUGCACUGAUGGAAGAGCUGCUGUUUGCUGUUCCUCAGCACACAACGGGUGAAACUGGUCAACGAACCAGUCCAGAGGUUGUCACAGCGAACAUUUUGGAUGCAGUUGCCGUGGAUGCAGAGGCUGCAGAAACAGAUAAUAGUCCAGCUCCUCCUGUUCUGACAGAGGUGCAGCUGGAACAGGACGAGGAGGAAGCUACAGGGAAAGAAGAAGAUGUGUCAAUGCACACAGAUUUGGAUCCAGUUCAGAGACUCUUCUUGGAGAAGAUCAGAGAAUACAAAAAUCUUCACAGGCUGAAUGGUCGACUGUUGGAGGCGGAGCCAGAUUACAUAAAACACCUGUCAGAGGAAACAGCGAAGCUUCAGAGACUUUAUGGAGGAGGAGACCUGACCAGCUUCCCUCAGUUCACCUUCACUGAUCCUGAAUUGGACCAAGACUCCAAAUGAUCCACGGAUGCUCUUCAUGCUCCUCCUUUUUGCUGACUUUUGUCCGACCUCCUCCUCCGCUACCUCCUUGUUUCAGAUGUAGUAUGUGUCGAUGAAGAGGAGGAACAUAUAAAGGGAUGCUUGUGUUUAUUCCUGGCUGCUGGUUUGUACUGUGCAAUAAUGAAUUCUGUUUUAUUAAAGAUCCUAUAUUUUACCA